UUAUCCUUGGACUUCACAGUUGGUCUUCGGUGCGGUUCGAUUCGUGAUAUCUUCAAGGAUCUGAAAAGAAUAGUUCGUUCAAAUGAAGUGAUCCAAUAGAGAAUAUUCCUUCGUGUCUUAGGGAAUAAGUGAACUUAGCUGUGAUUCUUCGCUAGCUGGAGGUUACUUCAGUGCUUCUGCUCAUCAUCCGUGGCUGUGAGCUUGGUGGUGUGGCCAUCGGGUUAUUCCAGUUUGUGAAGGAGCAAUAGGAUAUAUAAAAUUCGAAGCGGAAAGAUGUCUGCCGGUCCAGUGCUGUUGUUGUCCGUUCUGCUUAGUGGAUAUAUCUACUGGAGUCUCGCUCAGCCCACCAACGUCCUGGAGAUUCGCUGCAAGCUGUACUCGGGCCCGGCCGUCCAGAACACCGGCGAGUGUGUGCACGGUGCCGAGUUGAAUCCCUGCGGGAAGCUGUCGUGCCUCAAAGGGGUGGGUGACAAGUGCGGCGAAAGCACCGCCGGUAUCAUCAUGUCCGGAAAGUGCGCCAGCGGACUGAUGUGCUGCGGUGGACAAUGCGUCGGCUGUAAGAACGGAAUCUGUGACCACCGGUUGUGCCCUCCGCGUCUCACCAUGAACCACCAUCCGUUCGGAUUGGGCCUGAUGGCGGGAAGUCCUCAGCAGCAGCAACCGGUCGGGGUGUUCCCGUCGCUCUACAAGAUGUUCGAUUACUACAGUAGCGAGUCAGAUUAGAGCGUCUUACAUGUUAAAUGCCAAUCUGGGUGGAGAUAGACUGAUCAAAUUCGAAUUUUUACUCACUAUAGGAAAUGAACUAAUUGUUUUAGAAACUCAAACCAAUGUGCAAUGGUAGCCAUAUUUGUAGUAGAUACACCAAAGGAGAAUGCUAAAGUACAAAGUAGGCGGAGCGGGGAUUUGUUUCGAAUUGACGCGUGAUUGUAUCCGUAACUAAACAAACAUAGCACUCUAGUCAAAAAAAGCAUAUUUAUAUGAAUUUAUAGCGAAAAAAAAACAAAAUAAAUUGAUGUGAUACUAACGCAUAUUCAAAAUGCCAAAAUGACGCAACAAAUAAAGCGCAAAAAUGAAAUCAAAAUCUUGCAA